AUGGCUGAAGCGGUAUCUGACAGCGAGAAGCAGCCGGCUGUGAAGCCUCCGCCCAAACGGCGGCGCCUCGACCCGUCAGCCGUCGUCCCGGUUCCGAUUUACUCCAACAAGGUAAACAACAGUCUGCACCUGAAGCCCAUGGCUCCGGUCUUCACUGAGACACAGAACGCAGACGACGGAGCGGACGACAAUUUGCUGUCGCAGAUGUUUUCAUCUCGAGGAACGGCGGCGGCGCUCAACGACGUCCUGCUCAGCGACUCUGAGGACGAGACUGAGCGCGUGCAGAACAAAGCGGAGGAUGAGGAGAGGAGGAAAGAGCUGGAAGCCGUCCGCUGCCCCUCACCCCCUCCACCAGAGAGCCCAGUUCAGAAACCAUCGAGGAAGGUCACCCAGAAGAUCAGUGAGAUUGACAGGAAGCUCAGGGCAGUGAACUCCCUCCUCUCCCCGGAGCCUCGGGGCAGGAGGGCGAGGCGUCGGCGAGGCCCUCCGUCUGCAUCGUUCGGCGAGCCACAAGACGACGAUGACAUCAUCAUCGUGACCCCCGAGGACAACAACAACGUCCACCGCCAUGACGACGACGAUGACAUCAUCAUCAUAAACCCUCUCUCCGGCUCCCAGGAUUCGCCGUACAGCUCGUUAGUCCGAGAGAUUCCACUCAAGAUCCGAUGCCGGACGGUCGUCCACAAGAUCCCGGUUCUGUCGUCGACGCCUCUGAGCGACGUGGUGAGCCAGCUGUCCGUCAUUCUUAAAGUCCCGCCCCCUCGCCUACUGUUGUUGAGGGAGGAAGUGGAGCUGCCGACAGACGCCACCGUCAGCGAGCUCGGCCUCGGCAUCGCUGACAUCAUAGAGUGCGUUACCAUGGCAGCGGAGGAUAAAAGCGUCGCCGUCGACGACAGCAGCAGCAUCAUCACUGUGAGACUGCAGAGCAAAGACAGAGACGCAACGCAGGAGUUCUCUCUGCACACAGAGGAGUCGCUGGGCUCCAUCUUCUCCCAGUAUUUGUCAAAGAUGUCCGUCGGCGCCAAGAAGAACGUCAGCUUCCAGUUCGACGGCGCCAAAGUGACGGCGAGCCAAACGCCGGCUCAGCUGGACAUGGAGGACGGUGACAUCAUCGAGGUGUGGAUGUGACGCGCUCGAGUCUGCUUCAAGAAAAGAGAGAAACGAUUAUUAGUUCGGUUAAAGUCACUUUAUUUAUUACAAAUGAGACGAAAAGAUGCAGCAGUUCAGAGUACAAAUUAUAUUUUUAGACACUAUUUGAAAUGAAUAAUAAAAAAAAUAAAAAAUAGGACCAGUUGUACAGUUGUGAUCUUGACUGAAUGUUUCUGUGACUGUAUGAUAGAUUCUGAUCUUUUCUUUUUGUAAGUGUUCUUUUUUUUGAUGUGUUAAAAUACUCUGUUACUAGCAAAUGUUCAAUUGUUAAUAAAGUUAA